GCCCCUCCGGUCCCUCCGCAGCAGUCGCUCAUCGGGGCACCGGCUAGGAAACGAUGGAGCUGGGCUGCUGGACGCAGUUGGGGCUCACUUUUCUGCAGCUCCUUCUCAUCUCAUCCUUGCCUAGAGAGUACACGGUCAUUAAUGAAGCCUGCCCUGGAGCUGAGUGGAAUAUCAUGUGUCGGGAGUGCUGUGAAUACGAUCAGAUCGAGUGUGUCUGCCCAGGAAAGAAGGAAGUAGUGGGUUACACCAUCCCUUGCUGCCGGAAUGAGGAGAAUGAAUGUGACUCCUGCCUCAUUCACCCAGGUUGCACCAUCUUUGAAAACUGCAAGACCUGCCGGAACGGCUCAUGGGGAGGCACGUUGGACGACUUCUACGUGAAGGGGAUCUACUGUGCCGAGUGCCGUGCGGGCUGGUACGGAGGAGACUGCAUGCGAUGUGGCCAGGUUCUGCGAGCCUCAAAGGGUCAGAUUUUGUUGGAGAGCUACCCCCUAAAUGCUCAUUGUGAAUGGACCAUUCAUGCCAAGCCUGGGUUCAUCAUCCAGCUAAGGUUCGUCAUGCUGAGCCUAGAGUUUGACUACAUGUGCCAGUAUGACUACGUGGAGGUCCGCGAUGGCGACAGCAGCAGCAGCCAGAUCAUCAAGCGCUUCUGUGGCAACGAGCGGCCAGCGCCCAUCCACAGCACAGACUCUUCACUCCACAUCCUCUUCCAUUCAGAUGGUUCCAAGAAUUUCGAUGGCUUCCAUGCCAUCUUUGAGGAGAUCACAGCAUGUUCCUCUUCUCCCUGUUUCCAUGAUGGUACUUGCCUCCUUGACAAAACCGGAUCUUAUAAGUGUGCCUGCCUGGCAGGCUACACCGGGCAGCGCUGUGAAAAUCUCCUUGAAGAAAGUAACUGCUCAGACCCCGGGGGUCCAGUUAAUGGGUACAAGAAGGUAACAGGAGGCCCUGGACUUAUCAAUGGGCACUAUGCCAAAGUUGGCACAGUCGUGUCCUUCUUUUGUAAUAACUCGUACGUUCUUAGUGGCAAUGAGAAGAGAACUUGCCAGCAGAAUGGAGAGUGGUCAGGGAAACAGCCCAUCUGCAUAAAAGCCUGCCGAGAACCAAAGAUCUCAGACCUGGUGAGACGCAGAGUUCUUCCCAUGCAGGUUCAGUCAAGGCAGACGCCUUUACACCAGCUCUACUCGGCAUCCUUCAGCAAGCAGAAACUGCAGGAUGCCCCCACCAAGAAGCCCGCCCUUCCCUUUGGAGACCUGCCGCCCGGGUUCCAGCAUCUGCACACCCAGCUCCAGUACGAGUGCAUCUCGCCUUUCUACCGCCGCCUGGGCAGCAGCCGCAGGACGUGCCUGAGGACCGGGAAGUGGAGCGGGCAAGCCCCAUCCUGUGUCCCCAUCUGUGGGAAAACAGAGAACGUCACUGUUUCCAAGAGCCCGGGACUGCGCUGGCCAUGGCAGGUGGCCAUCUACAGGAGGGCCAGCGGGGUACACGGUGGCAGCCUGCACAAGGACACGUGGUUCCUGGUCUGCAGCGGCGCGCUGGUGAAUGAGCGCACUGUGGUGGUGGCUGCCCACUGCGUAACCGACCUGGGGAAGGUCACCAUGAUCAAGACAGCAGACCUCAAAGUUGUCCUGGGGAAAUUCUACCGGGAUGAUGACCGAGAUGAGAAGACCAUCCAGAACUUACGGAUUUCCGCAGUCAUCCUGCAUCCCAACUACGACCCCAUCCUGCUGGACACGGACAUCGCCAUCCUGAAGCUCCUGGACAAGGCUCGCGUCAGCACCCACGUCCAGCCCAUCUGCCUGGCGGCCCCGCGGGACCUGAGUGCCUCCUUCCAGGAGACCCGCAUCACCGUGGCCGGCUGGAACGUGCUGGCAGAUGCAAGAAGCCCCAGCUUCAAGAACGACACGCUGCGCUCAGGGGGGGUCAGGGUUGUGGACCCGCUGUUGUGUGAGGAGCAGCACGAAGAACACGGCAUCCCCGUGAGCGUCACGGACAACAUGUUCUGUGCCACCCGGGAUCCCGCCGCCCCCUCUGAUAUCUGCACAGCAGAGACGGGAGGCAUCGCUGCUGUGGCCUUCCCCGGACGGGCAUCCCCCGAGCCACGCUGGCAUCUGGUGGGGCUGGUCAGCUGGAGCUAUGACAGGGACUGCGGCCACAGCCUGUACACGGCCUUCAGCAAGGUCCUGCCUUUUAAAGACUGGAUCGAGAGAAACAUGAAGUGAGCCUCAGGCCGGUGGAGACGCUGUUCGGGCGUCCGUCCCAUCCAGACGUGUGUGGCACGAGGCAGUGUGGGCCUGAAGCUUGACUCUGCCCGUGAACUUGGCUGGGCCAGGGCUUCUGACUUCAAGAUUGAAACUCAGUGGAGAGGGAGCAGAGCUCACCUGGG